AUGGACCAGUUGGCUUCAAUAACGGCCUGGACCCCUACUUCAACUUCCACGCCAACAUCGACUAGUUUGAAAAGUGUUGCUACCACGGCGCAAUCUGCUUUAGAACUGAGUUUGUCAGCAGCAAUAGAAUCAUUUCGCAGUUAUGGUUCAAACAUCAACAACGAACAAUAUGUCAGUGCAUCUAGAAUCAUUCGUGGGGCACAAGCUUCCUUAUCAAUCAUUUCUGCUGAGGGUGUAUUGGCUACUGCAACCGCUGAAAAUGCCAAAGCACAGGCUACCGAGCUAAUUUGGAAUCUGACGCAGAAUUUAGACGAUUUAUGGUGGGAUGAAAAUGUUUACAGCAUACGACGUCUUACUCGCCCAGGAAAUAUCAUUUUCUUGGUUGUGUUUGCCAUUUCAUUCUUGUGGUAUAUUCUAAUAUUAGCCAAGUCAAGAUACUGGUGGUUCAACGUUGCCUUUUUCUGUGGUGCCGCUUUGGAAUUCUUGGGGUUCCUUGGUAGAGUGCUUUCCUUCAGUGACAUGACAUAUUUCCCUUACUACUUGUUACAAUUGAUUGUAUUGACUAUAGCCCCAGCAUUUAUUAUGGGUGGUAUCUAUUUCCUUUUGGGUCAGUUGGUGAUUAUUCAUGGUCGGCAGUUUUCGGCUUUGAAACCAUUAUGGUAUGCAUACAUAUUCAUUGCUUGUGAUAUCACAUCAUUGGUUAUUCAAGCUAUAGGUGGUGGUAUUGCUAGUGUUAGGGCAGAAAACUACGAAAACUCUGACCCUGGUACCUACACCAUGAUUUCUGGUAUUGCAUUCCAGGUAUUUUCAAUGUCAAUUUACCUCAUAUUUUGGUCGAUGUUCUUGUGGAAGAUAUAUUUCCCAAAAACUAACAAAUACCCCCAAUAUGAAUCAGAAAAAAAUGACGUUGAUGCACGUCAAGUUUUGAAACCGAGUGUGAAGAACUUUCUUAAAUUGCUUGUCAAUUCAAAGAAGACAGCUGAAUACAAGAAGAAUGUUUUGGAACCAUACUACAACCCCAAAUACGCUGACAUUAGGCUGAGAAAAAUGUAUGAUUACUUCCCAUUGGCUGUUUCCUUGGCUAUAAUUGCAGUUUAUGUUCGUUGCAUCUAUAGAGUGGUUGAAUUAGCACAAGGUUUCAGUGGUUACUUAAUUACACAUGAAGUUUACAUUAUGUGUUUGGAUGCCCUCAUGUUGUUUAUUGCUUUGUACAUUUUUAUUCCAUUCCACCCACACAUUGUUUUCGGAGCAAGCAAUAUCAUUAGACUUGGUGAUAUCAAGGGAAACACCGAUGAGAAAAUUGAAGAAGAGAUAUUAUACCCCGUAGAUGACGAAUAUGAUAGCAACGUGAGGAAUGAUACAGCUGUGGGAAGUCCAAUUGGCGAGGGACAUGGAGCUAAUAAGGAUGGCAAGUUUGAGGGAAGUGACGCAUCUUACAAAGCAGAGCUCGGCGAUACAAAUCGUGAUUCUCGCCCCUGGGAGGAUGGUCCUGUAGAUGCUGGAUUUUACAAGUCAGAAGAUGGUGAAGUAAAUCAAAGACCCUAUGGAACUGGACCUAGGUGA